AUGAACAAUGCGCAGGAUGCUGUGACUGGUCCCUCAAGGCCACUGGAGAUAACCGAAGGUGUCCGUAACCCGCUUGUUGAUGAAUCUCCAUGGUUCUUCACAAUGACUCCGGAGAUGCCAAUUCUUGUGGGGGAGGCUAGUGACUCGGCAUUUGCAACGAAAAUUCGCCAAGAACUCCUGGGAAAAGCGCAGUGUCAUUAUCCGCCAACCCAAACUGUCCGCGACGAAACUCUCUGUUCUUUAUGGCAUUUAGGAACCGACUGGCCUACCCCGUCAAGGGCUCGCUUUCUUCUCAAAGUGGUAUUCAGCACGGUAUGCAGACGUUACUAUCUUACACGGAAGAGUACGGCCAUUCGGCUGCUAGAGCAGGCAAUCAGAGAACCAAAUCAAUGUGACCUCUUGUCUGUCUGCAAGCUUCACGCGCUUUUUGCAUUGGGUGAGGUGUACUCAACCAGGACCCGGCAUCCAGAUAAUGAGUUCCCUGGUAUUAUAUACUAUGCCAGUGCAACCCGGAUGCUUCGGCUCUUCAGCGAACAAGCUCGAAUAGAAUGCAUUGAGAUCAUGCUUUCCCUUUCCAUUUACUCCCUUGUCAUGAAUCGUCGCUACUCUGCAUACUGUAUGGUGGGCUCGGCUAUGCGAUUCGGUAUCAUCAUAGGCCUGCACUUGAAUGUCCCGCAAGAUCAACUACCAAAUCGCGAAACACAGGAACACCGAAACCGCCUUUGGUGGACAGCCUACAUACUCGAUCGAAAUUGGGCUACUAUGCUAGGAAAGCCCGUAAGCAUACAGGAUGAGGAUAUUGAAGUCAAUCUUCCGUCCGACUUUGAGUUGUCAGACAUCGCCGAAGAUUUCGCGGACACAGAUUACUUAGAGGCCAGUAUUCGUCUGGCUAGGGUGGGUGCUCAUAUCACUGCAUCAACGUACAGCCGCAGGCCACAGGAGACUACCUUCUCUGAUCGAGUACAACAAGGCCUCCGGGAUCUGGAUAAAUGGUUGCAGGAACUGCCUGCUCCUCUACGAUCGGCCCUUAGUCAAGUGCCACCUAAUUUACCCAUGCCUAUAGUCACUUUAUAUCUCUACUUCAACCAAUGUUUUAUCCUCAUCUUAAGACCUGUUCUCCUCUAUGCUCUUCACAUGCGUCGUCUAUCAGCUGUCCACGGCGCGGAGAGAGAGUCGCCAACGCCUAACCAAACGGCUACAGCUCUAUCUGAGGCAUGUUGUCAACAUGCCAGGCGGUCGUUCCACAUUCUCAUCGACUCGUGGAUCAAUGGAUCGUUCCCUACAUUCGAUCAUACUUAUACGCAAUACCUCUUCUCCGCGUCUCUUGUUCUUGCAAUAUCCUAUCUUGCAAAUACUCCCGGUUCUUUGGCCGAUGGUGAUGAUUUUGAGACAGCUGUACAGAUACUCGGCCAGCUUGACAGCAACGGCAACUUCGCGGCGAAGGAAUUCUACAGACAUGCCGAGUCAAUCAAGUCAAUCAUCCGCCGAAUAGCGCUUGAAGAAAGUCAAGUCGGGCGUCCACACUGGUCCCGUGAGGGUGCGACUGCAGCAGAAGCCAUGUCGCAUGCUUACCAAGAAGCCGGCUCGCCCCUUGAUGAAUUCCAUCCAAGGUUGAUUGCGAGUGAACCAUCGUUCGACGGUCUGACGUACCCGGAGCUGGAUCUUGGAAUCCUAGAUCCCUCCAUAAUCAACGAUGGUUUCCAAGCAUUCAUGUGGCCAGAAGACCACGACGUCACCGGAAGUUGA